AUGACCAAUCUCCAAGGAGAUCGCAAAAAUGCUAUAUUCGGAGUGUACGAUGGUCACGGAGGAGUCAACGCGUCAGAGUUCGCGGCUAAGAACUUAGACAAGAACGUUUUGGAAGAGUUAGUUGGUUGUAAUAAUAAAAGCUUAGACGAGUCUGACGUGGCAGACGCGGUGAAACGCGGUUAUUUGACCACAGACGCUGCGUUUCUCAAGGGGGAAAACGUUAAAGGCGGUUCUUGCUGCGUCACGGCUAUGUUCAGAGACGGGAACCUCGUGGUCGCCAAUGCUGGUGAUUGUCGCGCUGUUAUGAGCGUUGGAGGCGUCGCGGAGGCUCUUUCUUCCGACCACCGUCCCUCUAGAGAUGAUGAACGGACAAGAAUUGAAACCACGGGCGGAUAUGUUGAUACGUUUCGUGGUGUUUGGAGGAUUCAAGGAUCAUUAGCUGUUUCGAGAGGGAUAGGUGAUGCUGAUCUCAAGAAAUGGGUUAUAGCCGAGCCAGAGACGAAGAGCUUAAGAAUCGAUGAGGAGCACGAGUUCUUGAUCUUGGCAUCGGAUGGUCUAUGGGACAAAGUGAGUAACCAAGAAGCAGUAGACAUUGCUCGUCCUUUCUGUGUAGGAGAUGAAGAGAAGUCGUUGUUGUCAGCAUGUAAGAAGCUUGUUGAUCUCUCGGCUUCACGAGGCUCUUCUGAUGAUAUUAGUGUGAUGUUGAUCCCUUUGCGUCAGUUCAUCUAGAAAUAUAGAGAUAGAGAUUUAUAGAGUAUUUAGAAGGGUUUCUUUAUGAUUUUAGCUUUAUUUAUAACUUGGAGUAAUCAUUUGUUUAUUCUUUCUAACUUUGUGAAAAGAUAAGCUCAAUGUGGGCUAUGUACCUGUAUGAUGCAUUGGUCCAGUUUGAACUAAUUAUCAGUUCGUUAUUAUUAUGUGACCUCUGUAUAAUGUAAAUUUAAUCUAAUUUCAAGAAUGAAGAGGGCUGAGAGGCCAUAUUGGUUUCCAGCAUAUUUACCAACAUUGGGCCAAACAAAAAAACCAAUAAUUCUAAGUCAAUUCUUUGCACACUUGUAGUUUAGUUUUGAUCAUCAAUUUUUAUUUGAAUCUCAACUGAUUUCAUGUAAAAGUAAGACAUGUUUGCUUUUGUCUAGCUGUUACAAUCUUGUUAGAUCUAUUUCAUUUAUUCAUGUUUUAUACAUUCAAUCUUGUUAAGACAGUACUGUACUACUGC